CCCCCAGACAUCUCAAACCCCAAAAUACCCCUUAACGUUCAUCGAUCCGUCGAAAACAAAAAAGGGAAAGUAACAAACAAGCGUCCACCACUCAGACUUCAGAGGGAGAGAGCAGAGUUUUGAAAAGUGUCUGACGCCUUUUGAAAUUUUGAGCUGUGUGUUGUUGCUUGAUGCGGGCAUUUGGUUUGUAGGAUCUGACACUGAGUCUAAUCGUUCACUGACUUUGUUUUUGGCCUAUGUUGCUCUGAGUCAACUCGUUCACUGACUUGGGAUCGACAAUGUUGGACGGACUUCUCAGCCGAGGCUUUGCUUCCAAAUGUAAGUCAUUGAUUAAAACGACCAAGACUCGGAUCGAUGUGAUUCGGAGGAAGAGAAAGGCGACUGAGAAGUACUUGAAGAAAGAUAUCGCUGAUUUGCUUGCCAAUGGGCUCGAUAUCAAUGCAUAUGGAAGGGCUGAUGGACUUCUAGUCGAAUUGACACUUUCUUCAUGUUAUGAUUUCGUUGAGCAUUCAUGUGAUUUCGUAUUGAACCAUCUUUCAAUGAUGCAAAAACAGAGGGAAUGCCCCGAGGAUUGUAGGGCGGCUGUGUCAUCCCUGAUGUUUGCUGCUGCGAGGUUUUCAGAUUUGCCGGAAUUACGUGAUCUUAGGCAAAUAUUUCAAGAGCGAUAUGAGAAUUCCCUGGAAUUAUCUGUGAAUCAGAAGUUUGUUGAGAAUUUAGCUUCAAAGACAUCUACACUGGAGAGGAAAGUUCAGUUAAUGCAAGACAUAGCACUAGAGUUUUCAAUAAUGUGGGACUCCAGGGCUUUUGAAAUGAGAAUGUCUAAGCCCUCCACAUAUGCACAGGAGCAACCCAAAAUUUAUGGGUCUUUCAAUGUUACUGGUGAUAAAAAUAAAUCAUCGAGUGGUAUGGGAACCAUCCCAAGAGGAGAGAAGCCUGAUGUUUCACUUAAAGAAAGACUUGAACUUACUAAUGAUGGGCAUAGAUUGUACAAUGGCCAGGAGGGUACUGUAUCAAAAAGAGAACUGGACAAUCGGUCUAGACAUGAAUUCUCUGACAAGGGAUACAAGGCACGCAAUGGCAGAGAAGGAACUGUCUCGAAAAAGGAUGGUCAUGACAUUUCAUCCCAAGGAAGGCAAGAAUUUGCUGAUGACAAGCACGAUGCAUGGAAUUGGAAGGGAGAUGCCACUCCAAAGUCAGCUAGAUCUCGCAGUUCAUCUCGAGGAAAAGGUCUGGAAUGCAUUGAUGAUGGAUCUAGGUUGCCUGUUUGUAGAGAGAAUACUGCCCCUGUAAGUGACUACGCAGGAUCCUUACUUCAUGGAAAGCCUGAAUUUGCUCCUAGUUGUGCAGGACUGCAGUCGAAGGGCAAUUGUAAAGAACCAUUGGCUGGUAAUAAUCUUGUCAUUCAACAUAAUAUUACGAACUUAGUGGGGAAGGUCGAGGAGGAUAUAAUACAUAAGGAGAAGCCCUACUACAGGAAUGCCCUCCCUCCUCCUUAUGUUAAGCCUAAUGUUAAACCCAAGGCUAGCAAAUCUAGAUCCGAUUUAGGAUCUUCACCGGCUGGUUUUGAUAGUAAUGUAGCCCUUGUGGAACCCUCAAUACUCAAGAGAGCCAAUGUUGGUAGUACUUCUGAGAGGAUCCAAAUAGGAUCGAACCACUCUGAUUAUGAGAGGCAGGUUGUUGGACUUGCUAGAGUGAAUGGUCAUGGUCAAGAGAAAGAUCAUUUCUAUCAAGAUGAUAUAACCGGGAACUCCACACCAAAACCAAGAUCAACCCGAAGGAGACGAUCAAAAUCACAUCACAAUAACAAUGAUGCUGGCUAUUUUGAAGAAACAGGAGUUGUUACAAGGAAAUCAAGAAGCAAGGAAAGGGAUAACUCAAGACGUGGGUUGCAAGUUCUAUUUGAUGAUGAACACUACAAGGAUGAUGAAGAGGAAAGGAAAUUGGAUAAACUGUUGAUGAAGUAUAGUAAGAAACCAUCACCCUAUGAACCAGCAAUGGUGAGAGGAAAAUCUAAAACUCGUCAUGCAGAUCACAUGGGGGCUAAUGCGGGUGAAUCCCCACAGAAUAGCAGAGGUGGGCCUGAUGAGAUGUCAGAGAUGGUUCCUCCUCCGCCCCGGUCAGUUUCUCUACCCCAUGAACAUACAAGUCAAUCACAGGCAACCAAAGUGCUUUCUCGUGCUGCUUCUUUUCAGCCGGCUCGGCAUGUGCAUCCUAAGCUGCCAGACUAUGAUGUUUUGGCUGAACGAUUUGCAGCCCUGAGAGGAAGGUAAGGGAUUGAGCAUUCAGAAUUUUCUUUGUCAGCAUGAUUGCUACCAACCUAAAGCUUCUUACAUUUGUUUCCCUGGGUGGAUUUGGUGCUGUCUUUGAAGAAAAAUAGAAUGCCGAUACUCCCAUUACUGAUGGUUGAGCACCUUAUAGGCUUGGCUCUGAACUUGCAUGACCUGCAGUCGAGUAUAGCUCUACGUGUGUCUAGGGCUGGCAUUGUUCUUCUUAGCGGUUAUAUACUAAAUUUCAAUACAGUCCCCGGAGCCCAGAGUGCUUUUUUUUUUUCUUUUUUUUCUGGGGCAGUACCCAGAGCUAUUGGUUGCAAGAGUUGUAGUAAUGCAUGUAGCUUAAAAUGGUAGAAGAUUCUAUGCGGUUAGAUAGAAGUUGGAUGAGAUUGCUUAAUAUGGUACCGGAGUUCUUUGAACCAAAAACAAAAAACAAAAGUACUAUAGUUCCACUGCCAAAGAUGAAGACUUGUUUCAUGUGAA